UAAUGGAUGUAAGCUGAAGCUGGCGAUGCUCGUCCAUGCAGCAAGAUCUCCCCUCCCUCCUCCGAUCGCUCCUUCAAAACCCACUCCAUCCACUCUUCCAUUCCUCCAUCUUCUGCGUCCUCGCACGCACUCCAAACUCCCUCCGCCAUGGUCGGCAGCUACACGCUCUCCUCCUCCUCCACGGCGUCCAUACCAACCCCACCAUUGCCGCCCGCAUGGCCGCCAUGUACUCCAGCUCCGGCGACCUCCGCUCCGCCUCCCUCCUCCUCCUCCACCACCCUUCUCCCUCUACUCUUCUCUUCAACUCUCUCAUCCGUGGCCACUCCCUUCGCAACCUCCACACUCAAGUCCUCUCCCUCUUUCAUGCCAUGCUCGCCUGCAGCCUCCGCCCGGACCAUUUCACUUUUCCCUUCGUCCUCAAGGCCUGCGCCAAUCUCCUAUCGCUUUUCACCGGCCGUGCGGUCCAUUCCCUGUGUCUCCGAACCGGCCUCGAGCUUGAUGUAUAUGUGGGAAGCUCGCUAAUCAACAUGUACUCGAAGUGCGGCGAGGUCAGAUUUGCACACCGCCUGUUUGACGUAAUGCUUUUUAAAGACAUCGCCUCUUGGAAUGCCCUCAUUGCAGGGUACAUGAUGGUGGGAGCUGUUAAAGUUGCAGAGCAUCUUUUUGAUGAUAUGCCGAAGAGAAAUGUCAUCUCCUGGACAGCCAUGAUUUCAGGUUACACACAGAACGGCGUUGCAGAUCGUGCGUUGCAAAUGUUUGAAGAAAUGAAAAAGGAUUGUGAAGAGGUGAAGCCUAAUUGGGUGACCAUUGUGAGUGUUUUGCCUGCUUGUGCUCACUCUGCGGCACUCGAUCAAGGGAAGAGGAUUCAUGAAUAUGCAAGGACAUUGGGCUUAGAUUCACAUCCUACCGUGCUGAUUGCAAUUAUGGGAAUGUAUGCCAAGUGUGGAAGCUUGGUCGAAGCUCGUCGUUGUUUCGACUGUUUAUCCGAAGGAGAUAAGAGUGUGGUUGCUUGGAACACAAUGAUCGCCGCUUACGCUUCGCAUGGACUUGGACCAGAAGCUGUAUCAGCCUUUGAUGACAUGGCUAGAUCUGGAGUUCAGGCCGACGCAGUUUCAUUCACAGCUUUGCUGUCUGGGUGCAGCCACUCAGGAUUGGUUGAUCAAGGAAUGAAGUAUUUUGAUACCAUGAGUAUGGUUUAUUCUGUUGAAGCAAAAUAUGAGCACUUUGCUUGCAUCGUUGAUCUUCUUAGUCGAGCAGGAAAGCUCCAGAAGGCCCUGGAGAUUGCCAAUAAGAUGAAAAUUGAUUCUGGUCCUAGCAUUUGGGGUGCAUUGCUCGCAGCGAGUCGCACUCACCGGAACCUGGAAGUUGCAGAGAUUGCAGCAAAGAGGUUGUUUGUGCUAGAACCCAGUAACUCAGGGAACUAUAUUUUGCUCUCAAACAUGUAUGCGGAGGCUGGGAAGUGGGAUGAAGUGAAGAAACUGAGAGCUGUUCUUAGAGAAAAAGGAAUGAAGAAGAGUCCUGGAUGCAGCUGGAGUGAGAUUAAUGGGCAAGCUUAUGCUUUCUUUACAGGUGAUCAGUGUCAUCCACAAGCAAGUGAGAUUUACAAGUUUCUAGAGGAUCUUCCUGUGAAGAUGAAGGCUGCAGGAUACAGGCCUGAAACUAGUUUUGUUCUUCAUGAUGUUAAUGAGGAGGAAAAAGAAUGUAAUUUGGCAACACAUAGCGAGAAGCUUGCAAUUGCUUUUGGGAUUCUCAACACAAGCCCAGGUGCAACUCUUAGAAUUACUAAAAAUCUCAGGAUUUGUGGAGACUGUCACUCAGCAGCUAAGUUCAUUUCAAAGAUUCAUGACAGAGAAAUUAUAAUAAGAGAUAUUAACAGAUUUCAUCAUUUCAAAGAUGGUAUUUGCUCUUGUGGAGAUUACUGGUAGAAGCAAAUGUUUUGACAGAGUUUAACUGAAAUUUAUAAAUUUUUGUGCUAGAAAGCCGCUUUAAGAAGCAAUAAGAAAGCCGUCUCAAACGAACCUUAUAUUA